CUCCUAGAGACCGCCCGAUAGUAAUCAUAAUGGCCGAGCAACAGAGACAGAAGUUUGCGCUGAUCACAGGAUGUACACCUGGAGGCAUUGGCCACUUCCUCGCACUGGAAUUUGCUGAGAAGGGCUUCCAAGUGCUAGGCACUGUUCGUGACCCUUCAAAGUACUCCUCGCCGCACCAAAAUAUCACGUUCCUCCCACUCGAGCUCACGAGCAUCGAAUCGAUCCGGGAACUCUGCAAGCGCGUCACCGAGAUAACGAACGGCAAGCUCGAUAUCCUCUACAACAACGCUGGGCGGAACUAUGUCGUUCCAGCGCUCGACUAUGAUACCGAUGAGCUUCACGAGCUCUUCGAGGCGAACGUCUUUGCGGUGAUGCACAUGUGCAGAGAGUUUACUCCCCUUCUCAUCGAAGCAAAGGGCACCAUAGUUCAGACUGGCUCCGUAGCAGGCAUCCUGCCAUACGUCUGGGGUGCGCCUUAUAAUGCCUCGAAAGCGGCGCUCCACUCGUACACAAACACCUUGCGUGUCGAGCUUGCGCCCCUUGGUGUGCGAGUCGUAAAUGUCAUCACAGGUGGUGUGAAGUCGAACAUUGCACGAACACAUCGCGAACUACCGCCGGGUUCAUACAUGCAGCCGCUUGCGCCUGAGUACGAGUCAAGGUUGACACAUAGCCAACAGCUGGGCAUGGACACCAAGCAGUAUGCGAGGAGCUGUGUGAGGCAGGUGCUGCGUGGAGAUGGCUGGUUUGGCCGACAAAGGGAGAUCUGGGAGGGGAAGAUGAGCUGGAUCGUAUGGUUUGGGUGGAAGUGGAUGCCAACCAAGAUCUUCGACUGGUACUUUACCUAUGUCUUCAAGCUUGGAAAGUUGAGAGGGAGUGUUGGACCCAACAAGAAGACUUUGUAGUUCGGCGAUACGAUCUAAGAUAUGAAGCAGUCGAACGCACUCUGGAUACCUGAAGGAAGUUCGUUUUAUAGCAAGUCAAGUUUCGAACGUAUGAGAUGUUUG